AGACGUGUUUUGGGAGUAAAAUGGCAUGGUGUGUGGAUAGUUUCUCGCUAAAUUGCACACCAGUGACACGAUAGGCAGACAGGCGGUGAACCUGGUCGUAACAAAGUCGGCAAACCGCCUGCGCAACUCGUAACUACGUACGGCGACGUAGACUCGCGUGUUGUGUCACGGUUGGCGUUCCAGUUUAACUUUGUCCGCCACACGGUCUGCAACUCCGUGUUUCUCCUUCACGUUGGACGACCAUCGCAUUUGUCACUUGUGUCAAUUGCGAGGUAUCGAUCGAAAUAUCAAUCGACUUCGAAAGGAGGAAAAUAGAAGUUGAUUUGACAAGUGUUUGCAUGUAUGGAAGAGAUUUCGAGUUUAUAAUCCACGUGGAUGGUGAGGAAGCAAAAUUUGUUGAGGAAGGUUCAAUGCGCUUGAUGAGACGAGAUUAAGAUUAAAGGGUGGGAAAAAUUGAUCGUGGACAAAGACUUGAAAUCUAUCAAACUGGGUGACGGAAGAGGAAAACAUCGUAGAGUCAGAAUGGCAGACGAAAGUCAGCAGGAGAGUCAACCUGCGCAUAAGGAGCGGAAAAUUAUGAAUUAUUUGCCAUUUUCGCUAAAAAUUUUGGAAAUCAUACUAGCUGUGUUUUCGAUCGGAUUAAUCGUGGAUCCAUUGAAUUCGUUCCAAAAAUUUUUGAUCAAAUCACAUUUCAAGCUUGACGAUGCUGCGAUAAUUUACAUCACUAUCGCUGGUUACAUCAUAAUCAACACGCUCUUCAUCAUUUGCCAAAUAUUGGGUGAUCGAAUACCGAAAAGAACGUUAGUAAUAUUUUCCUCGGUUGGGGCGCUUCUCCACAUCGUCGCUGGGAGCGUAAUUGUUUAUAAUUGGAGGAAGAUUCUCGGCCCUUAUUACAACAACAAUGAAUUCUAUCCGAGCAAGCAGUACAUGGACAUGUUCAUAUCUGGGGCCGUGUUCACAUUCGCAAACGCGGUCGUUUUUAUUCUAGAAGUUUUCUUCAUCAUCAAGUUCUCGUCGAAAAGCACAGAGUGAAAAUUUUGAAAUGACGAGGAAGAGGAAAAUAUUUUUGCAAAGAUUAUAUACUUAAUGAAUAAGUUAUUAAUAUUCCAGAAAAAUAUAAAUAUUUAAUAUUACGUAAAUUUUUCGAGAAGAAAAAGAUCGAAGAAUUAUUGUUGUAAGGAAUAAUGAUUAAUUUUUGACGACGUUUAAUGAUUUUAGACGUUUAAAACAUCUUUUUAGAAUAUAUAUAUAUAAGAGUGUGAAUGGUAAGUGUGUAAAAUAUAUCAUAGUUGGUAGGAAAAAUUUUAUUUUAUCGCAAUGAUUAAUAAUAAUAAGUACUUUUGGAGAAUGGUAGUUGCAAGAAAUUAUGGAAUAAGGAAGAGAAUCGAAGAAAGAUGAUUUUCCACCAAAUGUGUUCUAUAUGAUACAUUGAAAAAUAAUACGAAGAAAAAAAAAUGAUGUAUACCGAAAUACAAUUUAAAAAUAAUUCACAAGCCAAAUAAUAUUUAAAGAUUAAAUGUAAGUCUUGAUUCCGUCCAAUUUUUAAAAUAAGCAUAUAAGUUAAGUAAUAUUUGAUUAGAUAUAAGUUAGACAUAGAAAUUUAUAGAAAAUGUACAAAUAAAGUAACGAAUGAAUUGUACUUUGUAGAGAAUUAGAUUUUAUGAAACAUAGCUUUAAAUGAUUAGGAUAUAAUAAUAUUUUGAAUUGAUAAUUUCAUAGAAUUUUUCAUAGUUGGUAUACCUUGAUCAUCAAUUUUUUAGAAUUAUAGUAAAUUUAGUAAUAGAGAAAACUAAUAUCCAAAGAUUUUCUAUGUAUACGAAAUAUUAUUAUAUAUUUUUUAAGGAAGCUAAUAAAGAUUCCACCGAAAAAAAAAAAUACGAAUAAAAAUAUUAAAAAUAUUACUUAUAUUCUUACUUAAUCCAAAGUUUGUACGAUUAGUGUAGAAUUAUGUGUAAUAAUAUUAUAUACAUUUCUUACUCUCAUUAUACAUUUUAUGUAUGCAACAAACCUCAGAAUUGCCAUGAAUAUUCUUAGAUAAUUAGUAUAUAUAGAGGAUUAUACUUUUUAUACUUGAUAAUUGUAAUUAAAAAUAAGACCAAAAAUUAAAAUUUGCCUUUAUAAAUAUUUAUCGAUUUAUAGAUCUAUUUAUAUAGAUUUAACAAAAAUGAACGUCUCUUUAUCAAAAUAUAUUCCGUCCAAUUGUUUGCAAUAAUGAAAGAUGUCCACGCAAUCUUUCCUAUUAAUAAUUCGAAAUUUUUGUAAUAUAAUUUUGUAAGUGAAAUGUAAGGAUAUAUCAAUAAAGAGUGUUAAAAUAUA